AUGGCAUCAACCAUCCUCCCCGGGGACAUACUUCAGCUAUCACAGCCCAAUGCUCCUAAAUUAGGACCGAAUCUACAUCUACUCACAUCACAGACCCAGACACAAGAGCCACAGCCGGCAUCACAAUUAAUCGCAGCCUCGCAGGCGGGGCUUCUCACGUCCGACAGCAAGCGGAAUGCAACAACGUCAAUCCUUCCGUUUCCUAGCACACGCUAUAUACCAUGUCAGAAUGACUUGAUAAUUGCCCAAAUACACCAUUCAAGCCCGGAUUUCUUUCACUGCAUAAUAUCUCCUAACUCACCACAUGCUUUCCUCGGCCAACUUGCCUUUGAAGGAGCAACGAAGAAAACAAGGCCACAGCUUAAGGCUGGCGAGUUAGUUUAUGCACGUAUUCUAUCUGUGGGUGUUGGUGCUGGUGGAGAGGUUGAAUUAACUUGCGUCAACCCUGCAACUGGGAAGGCAGAGCCUGAUGGACUUGGACCGUUGAAUGGUGGGAUGGUGUUUGAUAUUUCCACUCUAUUUGCCUCCAGGUUAAUGAUGACCGGUCCAGAGAGACAAGACGGCGCCGGCCCCGGGGGUGUUAUUGUUUUGGAAGAGUUAGGGAGGAGGUUUGAGAGCUAUGGCGGGUUUGAGAUUGCUGUUGGGAGGAAUGGGAAGGUUUGGGUUGAUAGCUCUGCAGAAGGCGAUGUUGGGGUUAUGAUGGUGGUUGCUAUUGGGAGAUGCUUGAAAGAGGCAGAUGAGAAGAAGCUAGAUGUUGUGGAACAGAAGAAGUUGGUUUUGAGAAUCUUGAAGGAGAUGGGGAUAGGCAAAUGA